AUGGCUUCUACCAACUCCAAGGCUGGUGGUGUUGAAGGCACCAACUCCCAUGCUGAUCUGGAAGCUUGUGUGCAGAAGAUUGACCUGAACAACUUGGAUGAGGAAAUGGCUGAAAAGGAACCUGCUGAAAACUCCCCUGCUAAGGACCCUUCAGCUGCUGAAAAUUCCAAGGAGCAGGAAGGGGAGUCUCAGGAGGAUGACAUUGAGUUGGAAGGGGAAGAGGACAUUUUGCAUGCUGAAAUUGCUAAGCUGCAGGACCAUGCUGCUGAGCAGGAUACGCGCAUCCAGCAGCAGCAGUCACUCAUUACCAACCUCAAGAGGGAGCACUCUGACCAGGACAACAAAAUCAAGUACCUGGAAGUUGAGCUCAAGAACAUGAAGCACGACGCCCGGGAGCACGUUCAUCAGCUGGCGAGGCAGACCUCAAAGAUCAACGAGCUGCGCGAGGCGUUCAGUGCCCUCCGAAGGGAGACCAUGUAUCGCCCUGCACCACGAGCGGAACCGCCUGCCAACUCUGCUAGCGGUCGCACCAACCCUUCUCGCUCUGGUGGUGCAGUGGGUGACCCUGGUCCUUCUACGCAGCGCGCUGCUGAGCCGAGCACGCAGGCUUUUGGCUCUCUGCCAAUCACCCUGCCGCCAUUCAUCCAUGGCAAGACGGACGUGGCUGCGUGGCUGUCGAUGAUGACCGACCUGUUCAAGGCGCACAAGGUCCAAGACGACGCUCGCGUCGUCGCUGCCACCACCGUGCUGGACCAGAAUGCACAGCGAGUGGUGUAUGGCAGCAAGAUCCAGGCUGAGGCGGAUAGGAAGCCGUUUGGAUGGGAGGAAUUCGCAUCUGCACUCAAGCAAGCCUUCCAGGGGGCUGCCUGA